UAUGUCUCUCAAGGUGAUCCUCGUAGCGUGUGUGGCCGUGGUGGCUCUGGCUGAUAAGGCUCCCGUGUACCAUCAGCCACCUGUUUACGCCGCACCCACGUACCACGCUCCACAACCUGCAUACCACCCCUCCCCUUACAAACAGCCUGAGUACCCUACUGUCCCACCCAAGUACAACUACAACUACGGCGUCGCCGACGGAUACUCCGGUGCCAACUUCGGCCACUCGGAGUCCCGCGACGGAUACAAGACCGAGGGCAGCUACACCGUCGACCUCCCCGACGGCCGCAAGCAGAUCGUCAAAUACGUAGACAACGGCGAUGGUCUUGUUGCUGAGGUCACCUACGAGGGCGAGGCUCAGUACCCCGAGUACAAGCCCACGUACAAGCCUGCUCCCUACCACGCUCCCCCGAAGUACCCCGUAUACUAAGGGUACACUCUCGCGCAAGACAGCUUUCUCUCCAUCUCAACCCGUCCGUCAUGGGCGCCUGCGUAUAACGAAAGAGUUCAUGAUAGUACUGCAUGGGUAGCCUAUAAUGUGAUAUCAUUUCAUUCAUUUUAAAUUUGUAAUAAAACAUAUAAAAGAA